UAUAGCAUCUUCUUUAGCCCCCCGAUCGUCCUCUCACACAGAGAUGGGAAGGAAUCCUUGCAAUCCCAAGGAUAGUUUGAACAGAGGAGCGUGGACAGCCAUAGAAGACCAGAUUCUUACCGACUACAUUAAGAAUCAUGGCCAAGGAAAAUGGAGACUCCUUCCCAAAAGAGCAGGACUAAAUAGAUGCGGCAAGAGUUGUAGGCUGAGAUGGUUAAAUUAUUUGAGACCUGAUAUCAAAAGGGGAAAUAUUACUCCAGAUGAAGAAGAUCUCAUUAUCAAGCUUCACAAUCUUCUUGGAAACAGGUGGUCUUUGAUAGCUGGACGACUACCAGGUCGAACCGAUAAUGAAAUAAAGAAUUACUGGAAUUCCCACGUCGCAAAGAAACUUCAAAAAGAAAAAUUGAAGUCUGCCACUACAAGUAGCUCCAAAAUCUUAGCCGCACAAGACUCAGACAACAAAGUCUCACCAAGUAAUUCACGUGUGAUUCGAACCAAAGCGACAAGGUGCACCAAGGUAAUACUAAGCAAACAAGUCCAAAAAUUAAUGGCUGCACCUUCUUUGAUGAUGACUCAUGACAUGAGCGUCGACGUUAGAUGUGAUCAUGAGGAAAAAAUGGAGGCACCGUCUUUCGUUAACGUUGAUUUGGAGGGAAACACAGACAAACCAUUAGAUUGCAAGGCCGAUUUUGAAAUGAACGAUGGCUUCUUUUCGGCUCUUCUGAAUAUGGAUCUAUCCGAACCAUCUUGUUUGAAGAAUAAAGUGGAGGAAGACAGCAAUGCCAGCACAAGUGAUAAAGGUGGUUGUCCUCAUUUGUCUCCUGCACCGACACUUGAUGGUACCUUCUUGAAUGUUUCCCAUGGUUCCUUGCAUGGCUUUGAGGAUUUUCAUUCAAUGUCAGGUUUAAUGGAGAAUGAAUUUCAUUGGCUUUGAAAACUUUUAAGAGCAGAUAUUUGUAUACUUAUGCCAUGCAUUGUCUUGUAAAACUUUCGAUCUUGUGUUAUAGACGAUAUGGUUUUAUGUAGUAAUAUGGUGUUCAUAUAGUCAAGACCCAGUCUCCAUCCCUGUCUUCUCAGGACGGGCUGUAGGAAUUGACCAAAUGGGACUAAGUCUAAAAUUGAAUUAGGCAGAAUGAGACAUGGGUUAAAUUUAAUCAAGAGUGCUGAAUUCAAUCUCAUUUUCUUUUGAAAACGGGACACAUGAUAGGGUUGUCCUUGCCCCACCUCGAGCCAUGAACAUCUCUAGCUAAUAGUUUCAUAUUGAUUUCUUUUCUAUCCUAGGCUUUAUUAUGAUUAGAGGUGAAAAUCAGGGUGGGCCCAACCCUUAAGGGCUUAUG